AUGUCGCACCUUCUCAAGGUCCUGAUCAACCCGAACCCGGAGAAGAAGAACUUCGUCCAGAUGCUGCUCGCGCCCAUCUGGGGGCGGUUCGUGGCGUCGCAGCAGAGGGAGUGCGAGGGCUGGUUGCGCAAGUACGGCCUCCGUUACGACGACAUGCUGGACCCCGACUGCGACGUCGACGUCGCCGAGGCCCUCAAGAGGCUGCCGGACGAGGAGCUGCAGGCCCGGAACCAGCGCCUCAAGCGCGCUCUGGUUCUCAACCUCCACAAGGAGUACCUCGACGAGGACACCCAGAAGCUCCAGACGCCGUUCGCCAAGGGCCCCGGGGACGACGCGCACUACCUGCUGCCGUUGCUGGCCAGGGUGCAGGCAGAGAACCGCCUGCGCGCGGAGCUGGGCAGCAUCAAGCCGUACGCGCGGUCCCUGCCCUAG